AUUCUUUCAUGCCUUACUUUCAAAGGCUGGGGUGUCGAGCCCUAUCUUGUUUCUUGCUGAGAAUUGGAUGCUCCAGCUGGAUUGCAUUUUCUAUAUUUUUUUCUGUGCGUGUGAUUUCCGGGGAAACCCACGAUUUUGCUCAUUCUAUGUUGCCUGCCAACCCUCCGCAGGAAGGAGGGGAGGCUCCCAAUCUCCCCAUAGGGGUCAUGGGGCCGGCAGCCCCUAGUAUUGACUUCUUAAAAACAAAAAUACUCCUCGUUUUCCGUUCCAUUUCGCGGGGCCGUAGAAAACCGCGAACCAACUUUUUAGCCGAUGUUCAGGCGGCUGGAAACGGCUUCCCAGUUUUUACGCCUGAAAAUCGCUCAGGUUCUAGAGGAGCUUUCGAAAAACCCGGAGCGAUGGAACAAUUGCGGUCACAAAGCCGCCGUCGAAUUAAAGGUUUUGAUCAACGAUUGAGAGAGGGAAAGAGGGCUCCUUUCGGAGACAUUGGAUAGGACAGCUUUUUAGUUCUCACCUGUUAGAAGCGAAAGAGGAAGGUUUCUUUUGGGAGAUUUCGUUUGUCGUGAGAGCUUUCAAUUCAUACAUAGAGUCCUCAUUCAUUGAUGGGAGAGUCCCCACCGGUCAGCGAUUUGGUUUUAUACAUUACACAAGGUGGCACGGACGAGUACUAAUUUAAUUGGGUACGCAAAAGCCUAACUCAGCUAAGCUAAUAAAUGCUGCAUAAGAGAGUGGGAGGCCGGCCCCUGCCCAUCUGGAGGUGCACACCCAUUUAGGAACAUAUGCAAAAAAGGGGUAAAGAGAGAAGUCAAUGGAGAACUACCAAAUCCAAUGACUUUGAUUUGUUCGUACCAUUCUGUCAUCGAUCACUGCUGGGUCGGUUGGUGAGUCACCCCCAAAAAAGCAUCGAGAAAGGUCAAGCAUAUAUGUUUUAUGAAAUGAUCAGCGGUCUCAUUUAUGCUAUGCCCUGCAUCGUGUUCGUGUGUGUUUAUUGAGCUUUCUUCACUUCAGCGCCAUGCGCUUUGCUUCGCUUUAUAGAAGAGAGAGACCGUUGUUUUGUUUUGAGAGUGAAAAGCAAGCGCAAGCGAUAGAAAGGAUAGUCCCUCGCGCGUUCGCGCGAAACUACUAUAGGUGAGAUCAUUAGUGAAAGAAGGACCAACGACGAUCCUAUCCUAAAGGAGCAGGAGGAGUCAGUCUUCUUUGAAGAUCGAGGAACGUAGUGUCGGACAAUUAUGCCAUUCGGAAGAAGUCUUCUACAGAGGGAAAGCAGCCUGUUACGAGUAAGUGGAGAGGAAAGAUCUCCAGAGAUUCUUAUCUCAUUCCAUUCCAGUGGCUCGACCAGUAACCAAUGGCGAAAACUAAAAAAUCCAUGGUUUCCCGGUAGAACCCCAUUUCGCCCAAGUUGUUGCGAAACCGGAAAAAAGAAGCGGUUUUUCGCACAGCUUGCUCAUAGUGCGGGUCCCACUUGUAUAUUGUAUUUGGCCGAAGAAGCAUCGGACAGGUUGGAGUUAUUACCUUCUUUGGACUCUAUGGACCAAGAUCUGCUUUCAUUAUAUGGGCAAUAUCGAUCUACUUUAGUAGAUCAUAUGGAUGUAGAAAAAGCUUCUGAUUUUGAUGAAUUGGAAACAUCUCUUUUCCAUUUUUAUUUACCUAGUUCAUAUCUUUGUUUCGUGUGUUCCCGGGAGGAAUUCGAUCUCUUCAAUCUCGGGAUACCACCUAAAUAACUGCGGCCAGAGAGUCAAAUAGGUCGGGAAGAAAGAGUCUGAGGUCGGGUUGGACGACAUACAUCUUGGUUGGUUCCACCACCAACUUUCUUUAUGUUAGAGUAACUGGGAAAGCAGAGAUUCUUAUUAUAUUAGUUCAAAUAGGCCUAAGAU